CCCUCCGGUGCUUCAGUUCCCGGUGCAGAUUUUCUGUCCUCACUUCAGGACUUCAAUCAGAACUUCCUCCUGCUGGGUUCUACUGGGUUCUACUGGGUUCUCCUGGGUUCCACUGGGUUCUGCUCGGCUCGGCUCGGCUCGGCUCGGCUCGGCUCGGAGUUCCGGAUCGAAGCAGGAAUCAGGCGCCUCCUGGACCCUCCUGGACCCUCCUGGACCCUCCUGGACCCUCCUGGACCCUCCUGGACCCUGCUGGACCCUCCUGGACCGUGGUGGUCUCUGACUCCUGCCCUCAGCCCAUCAUGGCCUCCGGGUCUCGAGCCCAGCUGUGCCGGGUCUGCGGCGGGCCCCUGCAGGGGAACCAGCGCCGGUGGCUGUUCGGGGGCCCAAACAGGAGGUCUGCAGCACCGGGAGGGCCGCCGGGGACACCGACCGGGUCCCACCCAGGAGGACGUCUGUCCCGGUCCUCUCAGAGCAGCCCCUGGGGCAGCACCUUGUCUCUGGGGUCCUCGGGGUCCCUGUCCCGGUCUCAGUGGUCCCUGAGCUCGUCCUCGUCCCCGUCCUCCAGGGCGGUGGACCUGCUGGCGGUCCUGACCCACAUCCUGGGCCGGGCGGUGCCGCGGGGCGACGCCCACGGCGAGUUCGUGUGCGGGAAGUGCGUGAGCGUCUUGGAGCGGGUCUUCCGGUUCGACUCCGUCAUCUCCCGGGUCCGGGUCCUGUCGGCGGAGCGGCUCCAGCGCCUGACCCGGGAGCGGGACCAGAUCCGGCAGUGGGUGCGUCAAAGCUACGGGCGCGCUGCGGCGCGGGGCGGCGGGGGCGGGGCCGAGGGCGGGGCCGAGGACGGGGGCGGGGGCGGGGACGGGGACGCCUACCGGGACCUGCUCCGGGAUGACAUGGCGCUGUCGGAGUUCGAGUGCUGGUCCGAGCGCUGGGACGCCUGUCCCUUCUUCAUCCGGACCGGGAAGCGCUGUCGCCACGGCAACGGCUGCGAGGGCUGCGACUCCCUGCGGGUGGCGGACUCGGUCUACGAGGCGGUCUGCGGCAUCCCCCGUCACCUGCCCCCCCGGACCCCGUCCCCGUCCCCGCUGAGCCGGGACAAGUCCCGCAGCAUGCCGCUCCACUGGCACGGGUCCGGGACCGGGUCCGGCCCGGGCUCGCUGGCGGGAUCCACCGCGUCCCUGCUGACCCCGUCCCUGCUGACCCCGUCCCUGCUGACCCCGUCCCGGACCCCGUCCCGGGCCUCGUCCCGGGCCCCGUCCCGGGCCUCGUCCCGGGCCCCGUCCCAGACACUGUCCCGGACCGUCUCCCUGCAGUCCCUGGACUCCCUGGACUCCCUGGACAGCCAGGACGUCCUGGAGACACCGGGACGCUCGCUGGACCUCCUGCUGAGGGAGCUGCGGGACAUCCGGGGGACCCGGCUCAGUUCUCCGUCCGGCAGCCGGAUCCCGGUCCUGGACCGGAGGGACAGGCGGACCGGGGGGGCGUCGCCCCUGGUGGGCCGCACGCUGAGCUUCGCAGAGGACGGAGCGGACCGGGGGGACGGAGACGACGGAGACGUCCCGACGGAGCUCGGAGACGACUUCCUGCCGCUCCAUCCAGAGAACGGCGCCGGCCCGCUUCACGCCGCCAUCAGGUUCCUGCAGGGACAGCUGGACCAGGCCCUGGACCACAUCAGGACCCUGGAGGACCAGCUGGAAGGGGGGCGGAGCCACGGCAGUGAGGUCAACGGGGAGGAAGAGCGGAACAACCAUGAAGGAGGAAGCAGGUGGAGGGGGGCGGAGCUACAGGCGGGCGGAGGAGGAAGAGGAGGAGGAGGAGGAGGAGGAGACGCCGCCGUGCUGCAGACUCUCCAGACCUCGCUGCACAGCAGGGAGCGUCUGAUCCAGGAGUGCCUGGCUCUGAUCGGCACACUGAGUGAGAAACACGGUUCGAGUCCGGCGCUGAUCGACACACUGAGCCACAGCCUGAAGGAGCUCCUGUCCCAGAACAAGGACGCUCUGCAGGCGGUGAGCGGGGACAUGUCCCAGAAGCAGAAGAACCUGCAGGCUGAGCUGGAGACGCUGCAGAGGACGGGACAGGACCGAGACCGGGACCUGGACACUCUGAACGCGGUCCUGCGGGGAAACCAGGACCUCAUCAACGACCUGCAGGAGGCGCUGCAGCAGCAGCAGCAACAGGCGGAGCUGUGGAGACGGACGGAGGACGCUCUGAGGACACUGCUGAGGGACAAGGAGCAGCUGAUCCAGCAGCUGGAGCGUGCAGCGGGGGGCGGAGACGGUCCCGCCUUGUCUCUGGAUGUGGACAGGCUGUCCCGGAGCCUGGAGGACGUCCAGCAGCUGCUGCAGAGCCAGCAGCAGGGUCAGAGGUCGUCGGCGACCCGGGCGUCCCGGCAGCUCCAGCAGAACCUUGGCCUCCUGCGGGAGGAGCAGAGGAGGCGGCGGGAGGAGCAGCGGCUGAGGGCGGAGCAGGGGGCGGAGCUACGGAGGCUGGAGGCGGGGCUGAGGGCGGCGCUGACGGCCAGGGACACACUCAUCCAGGAGAUCCUUCAGGAUGCAGAACAACGAGACGUUCUGAUGAGAGAACUGCAGGAGAAGAACCCAGCUGUCACACACACACUCUGACACACACACACACACACACACACACUCUGACACACACACUCACACACAGCGGCGUGGUGACAGGCUGACAGGCUGUACCUGGAGCUCACAGGGACACAGUCCUCCACUGUCAGAAGGAGAAAACAGCACCUUGAACUGGCUGCACUCCUCCUCCAGCCGUUACUCCAUCCAUCCGUCUGCCCACCCAUUCACACAUCCCUCCCUCCCUCCAUCCAUCCCUCCAUCCAUCCAUCCCUCCCUCCAGCCCUCCAUCCAUCCAUCCAUCCCU